AUGCACAUGCUCGGCAACUCUACCAGAGGUCUCUCGCCUAAACAGUGCCGCCUCUUAUAUUGGUCGUGUGUGGUUCCCAUUGCCACAUAUGGCUAUCGUCUCUGGUAUUUUGAUGGCACUCGCAAUAAGGGUGCGAUGAACCAGUUGAAACGGAUGCAGCGGAAAGCUGCUCUAUGGAUUACGGGUGCUUUCCACACCUCACCCACAGGCGGUCUCGAGGCCCUAGCAGGUCUCAUCCCCGUCCACAUUAUGCUGAAGAAGCUGGCAACAUGCACAGUGUAUCGCGUCGCCACCCUCUCGGACACCCACCCUCUUCGCUCUAUGAUGGGCAAGGGACUCCUUAAGCGAGCCGCACCACAUGCUCGCUCUGCCGCCUUGAUGACCCCAGCCAUGCGAGGGAAAGUCAAGAGCACUGUAGGCUCGUGA